GAGAUGGGCGUGUCCCCGCAAAAUUCAAGCGUCAGUUGCAGCGUGAGCUCAGCUGCAGUGUGCUAAGUGCUAACAGACUCGUGUACGAAGUUACUAACAAACGCUAUAUUUAUUUAGAUUAAAUAUUUGUUGUGAGUGAUCGGAUAAAGCGAUGGAGACUGUGACGGAUGAAGACGCAUCUAAACUAUCUAAGAUCGAGCUACGGAAACAGAAAUUGGCAGAAUACCUCGCUGCAAAAGGCAGACUGAAAGCUCCUAAUCCAAAACCGUAUCUCAAGGAGAAGUCUGUUACAAAGAAACAUGCUGAAAAUGAGCAGAAGUCCAAGUGUGAGUUAGACACAUUUCUUAAAGCUUUGCAGGAUUCAGUCGGCAGCACUGUUGAAGUGACGUGUCUUUGUUUCUCUCAGACAGCGGAAGAAAAGGAGAACCGUGGCAUCAGAGGCACAAAUACAAAAGAAGUGAAGGCAUCAGAAGAGGGUGAUAAAAACACAUCCUCAAAAAAAGGACUUGGUAUCAGUUCGCUAGCCAAAGCCCAAACACAGCCGUCCAGUAAUUCCCAUAAUGCUGGCCGGGAAAGCCUUCGUGUUUUAAAGACGCAGAGCAACAAAACCGCUUCUCUUCAAACUCAGAAACCAGCUGCGCCGUUCAAAACGACUCGAUCACAAAGCCUUCAAAGUGUCCAACCUAAAGCUCAGCCAGCGUCACAAUCCCAAACCAGUCUUGUGUCCAUCUGUAACCCUUCACAGUCUGGACGUGGCGUCUCUGUCCCCAGAAGCACAGAUCAGAGCCGCACCGUUCAGUCAACAAGGCCUCCAGCCAAGAAAUUACCUAAAACAAGCGUCAAAUCAAGCUCAGCUACCAGUUUGACGACUCAAAGACCAACGAAAAUGCAGGGAAACAGUGUUUCUAAAACCCAAGUGAAACCCACAGAACGACCCAUGAGUCUGAGUGCUGUGCACAGCCGUAGAUCUCAAAGCAACCAGAAACCAAACCCAUCCACGAACACAUCCGACGUGAACCGGAGGAAAGAUACCUUCUCCGUCGAUGCCACUAAAUCGAAAUCAAAGCGAGCGACUAGAGCGAGCGCAGCUUCGACUCUCUCUAAACCUGCGGCUAGAGAAGCAGCAGCGGUCAGCAGAAAAAAAGGAACGAACACCACUGCUUCCACCAGACCGGCCGGCCGGAGCUCCAGAAGCUGUGUUCAGAUCUCCAGCCAGGACAAGCCCGUGGAUCAGCUGCAGACUCCCAAAUCCAGACGGUGUCCCCGCGCUCAAGGAGUCCGGACCGCUCCUCUAGAUGGACUGAAGAAGCCCACUGCAGCUCAGGAGGACAGACUGCGUAAGCUCCAGGAGUGGAGGGAGUCCAGGAGCAUCACGUAUAAACGCCCCCCCAUGCCCGUCCGGGUGGUCAGGAGGAAGACUGUUUCUGCUCUUCCUCAGCCCUACUGGACUUCUAUAGAGAAUGAAGAUGAGCUUCAUGACAUUGUCUUUGCUGUGGACCGAUCGCUGGAUGACUGCAUUGAAUUAUUACAGCAGGGUUUCCCGGUGGAGCGGGUCAGAGAUGUGCUGUCUCGGGUGCCAAUGGCACAGAAGUUUGCUAAAUACUGGAUCUGUCAGGCCAGACUAAUGGAAAGAGAGGGAGACCCGGAGCUGCUGGCCAUGUUUCAGGAGGCCAUCCGUGUGGUCCGAGAGCCGGUGGAUGAGCUACGUUCUGUGGUUUUUGAGAUCCUGAAAAAGAGACAGAUUCAAGGUUCGUCUCUGACGCCAGAAGAGACUGGAGUGUGUGAUGAAGAGGACGGCGAUGACAUCAUACACACCCAGAAACCCAUCAGUGCCCUGAUCUCUGGAGCGAGGGGAGACUCGUCCGUCGUCAAGUACAAGAUCACAGCCACCCCUGGGGGUAAGAGGGGUCAGCGAGGAGCAGAAGCCGGACGAGUGGACGGUCAUGAGAUCCGCUUCUUCACCCCGGUGCGCCGCUCGGUGCGGAUCCAGAGAAGCGCUCAGCGUUAUCCCACAGCGCUGCAGGAACACGAGCCCUGUGUGACCUCUCUCUGUGAGCUCGCAGGUGAGCGUCAGGAAGAGGUCAAAGGUCAGAGCUCUCCGGUGUACGUGUACCGAGAGAACGAAGCGCUGGAGGACCGUGUUCACAUUACACUGGUUUAUCCCGAGGAGGACGAGACGUGA